AUGAAGAUAGCUGUAGUGGCUGUUCUGGGCCUGAUGGGGGCACUGUGUCCAUGCUCCAUGGCACAAGCAAGCAGUACCUUAGAUACUAUAUGGCAAGCUGCAGCUAAUUGGACCGGGACUUUGCCCUGUGGAGGAUGGGACUGUGAGUGUGAAUUCAGGAAGCCAAAAGGCUGCUGCUGUGUGGCUGCACCUCUUUUCCAGCUGGAGGAGGCAACCUUCAUGCGCAUGGUGGGCCUAUGGAAUGACUUGCGCAAUCUCAGUACCCAGAUAGAGGAGGUUACCGUUGGACAUCAUGUAGCAUUUGUGGCUACAAUGGUAGCUAUGACUGGAUGUUUUGGACCUUUCAACAAGAAUGUGCCCAUCUCUUACUGCAAUGUCUCACUCAACCAAGGCUAUGGGUAUAAUCCUGCCCUGGGAACGUUCACAGCCCCACGUGCAGGCCUUUACUCCUUCUCCUACACGGUUUACUCUAAUUUGGGAGCAGAAGGAGAGCGCAUCUACCACAAGGUACAGCUGAUGAAAGACGGCCAGGUAAUAGCUUCCUCCUGGGAAGACAACCGUGAGGACUCAGAGGACAGUGCCACACAGACAGUGCUCCUUCAGCUGAAACAAGGCAACCAGGUUUAUGUCGAGCUGGUGCUUGGAAGGUUUCUGUGUGCAGACAUGCAGGGCUACAACUCCUUCAGUGGAUACCUGGUCUAUCCGCUCUCUGUCAUCUAACAGACAAAUGUAUUAGUACACAAGUAUAGUAGCUAUGCAACACCACACAUUAAUACUAGCACUUAGAGCAUUAUGUU